AUGUCAGGACGAGCCGGAAGACGCGGGAAAGAUGAAAGUGGGACAGCCAUAUUGAUUGUCGACGAUUCAAUGACGACGGGCGUUGUCAAGCAGAUCUGCAUGGGUCAACCAGACCCUCUUAACUCCGCCUUCCAUUUGACUUAUAAUAUGCUGCUCAAUCUCCUUCGUGUUGAGGAGAUCAAUCCAGAAUAUAUGCUUGAAAGAUCGUUUUGCCAGUUUCAGAAUUAUGCAAGCCUCCCUGAUCUACAACAGCGUGAGUUUUUUAUCGUAUAUUGUCGACUAUUUAGUUUUGUAUAUCUAUAA